AUGCCUACUGGCACCCUGCCCAGCAACGGCCCCCAACCCCUCGUCCCCAACGAGCAGCUAAAUAGUCUCGACGCCACCAUCUUUCCAAUUAUCACAAACGACACCGCAUGGCAAGGCAACGUGCCUUUUCGAGACAUUCUCACAACCAGCCACGAGCAACCGCCCAUCAGUCCUGAGCAGGCCUUGCCACCUCCCAAAACCCGCGCACCUCGGACAGUCACCAAGCAUUUUGGCCAGAUCUACUAUGGCGGUUGCCACCUUGGACAAAUAAGUCUUGACAAAGGCAUACCGCAGUUCUCUGAGGAAGGUCACAGGUGGAUCCUUUCCAAGGCUGGAGACAACUUCAAGUCAGAGAUACUCCACCGACCAUCAACUCUCCAUAGCCCCGUCGCACUCUCUCAAGGUUAUUCAGGGGCUUCCCUACUUCCAUCUCGACACACAACCCACCAAAUCAUUGCCGCAUAUUUGAAUUCUACAUUCAGGUUUGCCUUUCCCUUCAUUGACGGCACAUUGUUCAGUGAGACCAUUGUCCUGGCCUAUGAGGGCCUGAACGUUACAGCAUCACUUGAACAUCUGAGUGCUAGGUGCUGUUUUCUGGCCUUUCUCUCCAUUAUUGAUUGUUUUAGAGGACCGAAUGAUUUUCCGGACAUUGAUCCUGAAGCAUGCUCCAUGGAAGCACACCAUCUACUUGCAGACGUAUUGCUAGAUACCAACCUCAUGGGCAUACAAACUAUACUGAUGCUGCAACUACAUGAAGCACACCUGGGCCGGCUACCGACUGUUGCUAUCCUCAACGGGGUUGCCUGUAGGAUGGUCAUAACGAUGGGGGGUCACAUUGAUGUCCCCAGCCUACCCGAUCAUGGCGAAGCUUCCCGAGAAGAGCGUGAGAGAUGCCAUCUACGAGCUCUCUUUUGGAUUUGCUACCUCUUCGACAAAGAGAUCGCUCUAAGAAGUGGCCAGCCACCAUUCCUGACGGACUCGUACUGCGAUCUCACACCACCAGACAGAGGCAUGGCUCAUUUCUUUGCCGAUGGUACAGGCGAGGGUCUCUUCCCAUAUCUCUUUGGAGAUAUAGGCUUGAGUGUACUCAAGGGCAGGGCAAACCACCAGCUUUACUCGGUCCAUGCGAGCCGGAAGUCAGAUGCCGAACUCCUACGCGAUAUCCGCGAACUUGAUGAACAACUCGAGGAAUGGCGUUCUUCAAUACCGUCGCAUGUCCGUCCCUCACUGAUCGUCCAAUUCUACCCCACGGUCGCGAUCAUCACGCUCUUUCUCAACAUCCUCAUGAAUCCCCUCGAUGGCCAGGCUCAGAAAGACUUGGAACUUCUUGCUUCAGCUGCAGACAUCUUUCGCCUAAUACCCGCGCGGCAGUACACGCCUCAACGACUUGACCAAGUCCAGAUACUCGAGAGUUUUGUGAUUGAACUCGCUCGACUGGGGCGUUGUGCUGUGUAUAAGAAGGAGGCAGAGCUUGGUGGCCGAUGA